CUUGAGUGUCAGACGUAAAAUAUUUGGACAUUGUGGGAAAUACACAUAUCGUAAUAUAUCCUUGGAAUAUCAAGUUUAUCAGUAAAAAACACUCAAUCUAGAUAAACGAAAAAAUGACUAGUGAAAGAAAAUCAUAUGAAAAUGAAAUUAUUCAACAAUUAAUUGAAAUUGCCGAUGAAAUUGAAAAUGAAUUUCAAAAAUUUCAAUUUGAAAAAUGCGCAAAAAGUAAACGUAGGAAAUGUAAUAAUCAAAGCAAAUAUCCAUUUGCUGAUUGUUCAAUGAUCAAUAAAAGUAUUCAUCCGACUGAUGGCGAACAGACAAUCCGUUCAAUCAAUAAUCGUGUAUACAAACCAAAGAAAUUACUUUUAGUCGGCAUUGGAAUGUUAUGCAGUCUUGUACUUAUAAAAAAGCUUAUCAAGUGAUAUGGUUACUUAUUACAUAACAAUAGUGUUAUCAUUGAUACGGGAAUAUACAAAGAAGCAAAAACGGAUCAAUGUCGUGACCAUCAUCACCAUCAUUAUUACAAUAGAGUGUAAAAAUGAACAACAGCAGACCUUUAAUCAUCAGUUGAACAACAGACACGGAUGAAUUGAUCACCGUUCAGGCAGGCCAUGGUUUAUUUGAGUGAAAAGGCGAUGAAGAAAGGAAGAAAUUAAAGAAAAGUAAUCCCAAAUGAUUGGUGUUCAUAUGAAAAAAUUGACAUUUCAUUCACAGUUAUUGAAAUUUAUUGAAAAACUAUUUUUUAUCUCCUAUACGACAAAUGCUGCUUUCGAGUAUGCUUUGUUUAACUGUACCAAUGCACAAGGUUACGAAUGAAUUAGAAUUUGAAUAAAUUAAUCUGACUGUAACUGAAUACUUCAGCAACUAUCGGGAUUUCAUUGUAAUUUCCGAAUACAUUUCUGUAUAUAUUGUAUAUAUAAACAAAUAAAUUAUUUUUUUAA